GCGUGUUAUCAAGCAUGUGACAGGGGAUGGGCAAUGGUGUAUGUGUGGGUUGAUAUUCAGUUGAUUUUAAACCGACGUGUAAAUUGUGGAGAAGUAUUACAACUAGUCGGCCUGGGAGUAUGUGUGGAUGAAAACUUCACCACCAAAACAAGAAAGCAGAACUAAAUCCGAAGGUCAGCAGAAUGGACAAGAAAGGCUUUGAUGAAGACCGUUACAGACACGAGUCUACCAUGGGUACAAUGCAAGAUGAGGAUGGCGCCACACAGCGGAUGCAAGAUGAUCCUGGAGAUGAUGACAAGGACGACGUCUUCUCCCGACCACAAGGAGAUACAUCCUCUAGUUACCCGAGUCAGCAUGGAGGCUCCGUCGGUUCUGUUGCUUCAGAGACGUCAGUACCGGACGCUGCAAAUGACGUUAACAUUGACUUGACCGUGAACAAGAAAUGGAAAGUGGACGAGAAGCUUGAUGCAAAGAUGCUUGCGUCUAGCAGACCAACAAUACUGGUGCCCAUCGCUAAGUGGAUAUGUACAAUUCUCCUGGGACUAGGUGUGCUGGGGUGUGUCGGAGCUAGCAAGUGGUCAGUCAUCGGUCUAGCAGCUAAUAUGAACACAACUAGUACCGCCCAAAAAACAAUUAAAAGAAACAGCCAUAUUUUUGUGAUGAUAUCUCUUAUAAUGCUGGUGCCAUACUGUAUCAACUUUCUCAGAGCUGCGUUCCUGGCAUCGUGUCGGAAGGACAUGCUGUGGCCAAACAGAACGGCUGUGAUAACAGGAGUUAUAGUUGCUGUGCUGGAAUCAUUUGGAGUGUGUUUGUUUGCUUUGAAGAUUUUGAUCAACUUUGACGGGUUUGUGGUGAUACUCCUCAUGAACACAGUGUUUGUCGUGCCAUUCAUAGUCACCACAGUGUUUAACAUCAAGCAGAGAACAGACCGUAAAGGGGGUAAGCUGCUGAUGUUGACCUCCGCGGUGGCAUCUGUGCUUCAGGUUGCUGGUGUUGCGUUAGUUGUUUACCUUGUUUUACAACAAAAGACUGGUGAAGUAUGGCAUGUGCCAGUUGCCCUCGUCUGUGUCACUGUAGCCUGGGUUCCUCAACUACAAGAACUGACCGUUAAACACAGACAGGAAAGUGAAGUAGACGACACCGUCAUCGACUUUGGAAGCCACUGGGCUACUGCUAGUACUGCUUACGAUACGUGUGAAAGAAAUUCCCAGUCCAGCAGUACUCCGACAACCCCGAGCCCAAUUGAGGAUCCGAAUGUUGAAGGAACCCGUGACCCGAAGCCGAAUGUCUCUAAUGUCCUUAGUACAAAGUGGAAGAUGGCUGUCAUAUCCAACUUCGUGAAAGUCGUGGGUGUGGUGCUUUUCAGCUACUUGUUGUUCUAUGUUGAUUGUAGCUUUAAUAGCAAGGUGACAUGCAGAAACCUGACCAAUGCCUUCCCUCAGUCAUGGAACCUUGAAGAAGAUUCUGACAGUUUCCACUAUCUUGGUAAACUUGCUCACAACAUUUGGGAGGGUAUGCUCUUUCAAUCUUUGCAUGCCAAAUUGCUAGCCAAAAAAUGGGCUUUUGCUCUCCCCAUGUGUUUUACUGGGCCUAUCCUCCUAGUUUUGAUGUUGGAGAAAGACUGGUGUAUUGUUGUGUUUGCCUACUCCCCGGGGAUGUGUGUGGCCGCGAAUGGGCAUCUGUGGGCUGUUGUUUCGUCCAUAGUGUGUUUUGUCCUAGCUCAUCUCCUGGGUGCAACAUUGCCGAUUUUCAGAAGUAAGUCCAGUGCCCUACAGAGCGAAUCGUCGAUAUUCUGGCUGCCAUCCUACAAUGGAGUUCUGCUGGAGCAGUGGUUGAUCCUCAACAAGCAGACAGGAUCACGUGACCCACUAGGACCUGCGUGUCGUCCAACCGACUCGAGGAGUCGAGUGUACAUAUGUACCACCAUGUACAGAGAGAAUGAAGUGGAGAUGCGCCAACUUCUACAGUCCAUCAAUAAAAUAAACUUGGCGCGAACUGAUAACGAGAAGUUCUUCGAGUCUCACGUGAUCUUCGACGGCGGAAUUCGGAACAAAAAUAUCUCUGAGUUUGCCUUACAACUCCUGACAUUGCUCAAGGAAACACUAGGUAUCCUGACGGACAACUGCACGAAGGUGGAGACGCCAUAUGGGAUGAAGUUGAGCUGGAACCUGCCACAAUCGUCUUCAAAUGUCAGACCAAUGACGUUUAACAUACAUCUAAAGGAUGGGCUGAAGGUUCGAAACAAGAAGCGAUGGAGUCAAAUCAUGUACAUGUCCUACGUCAUCGACUUCCUGAUGACCUCGAAUGAUGAAGACUGCUACAUUCUUACAACUGACGCUGACGUCAAGUUCACGCCGGAAUCGGUGGAGGCGCUUCUGGAUCUCAUGACACGUGAUCGCUCCGUUGGUGCAGUAUGCGCACGCACCCACCCUAUGGGAAGUGGACCUCUUGUAUGGUAUCAAGUGUUCGAGUACGCAAUAGGACACUGGUUCCAGAAGGCAGCAGAACAUGUUCUGGGGUCGGUGCUGUGUGCUCCGGGAUGUUUCAGUGUGUACCGCUGUGUCGCCCUCAAGGAGAUCCUCACAGUAUACUCCACCAAUGUGGAACAUGCGUUUGAUUUCCUUAUUAAAGACAUGGGAGAGGAUCGCUGGCUGUGUACACUCAUGGUUCAGAGUGGCUGGAGAAUUGAGUACUGCGCAGCUUCAGAGAACUCCACGCACUGUCCUAGUGACUUUGAGGAGUUCUACAAACAGCGUCGACGUUGGAUCGCCUCCACCAUUGCCAACCUGAUGCUGCUGAUCAAACAGUGGCAGAUCAUUCGGCUGUUCAACCAUCGCGUGUCACUGCUAUUCGUCGCCUACCAGGGGGCGUUGCUCUUCUCUACUCUGAUUGGUCCGAGCACGGUCAUCUUGAUCGUUUCCGGUGGUUUGACCUAUGGCUGGGGCGUCGACUCUGUGGCGUCAGUCAUCAUUCAGCUGCUUAUAUGUGUGGCCUUUGCACUCACCUGUCUCUACACAUCAGACAAGACUCAGAUGCUGAUUGCAAAGUUGCUGACUUUCUUCUACGCUGUUGUCAUGACAGCUGCAUUUGUGGGGACGGCCCAGCAGAUUGUGGACGACCUGGAGAGACCCACUGAAAAACACGAUACGAACGGCAGCACUACCGUCAACCCGGUCAGGCCAUCAGACGUCAGUAUCGACUUCCCCGUGUCUGUGACGACGAUUUACUUCGCGACAAUGGCUGGUAUUUAUAUCCUUGCUGGUUUGCUGCAUCCCAGGGAGUUCUACUGCCUCAUCAACUCUCUCUGGUAUCUCCUGUGUCUUCCGUCCGGGUACCUCAUACUCGUGAUCUACAGCUUGUGCAACAUCACCGACAGGAGCUGGGGAACCCGCGAGGAAAAGACAGCUGAGACGUCAGUAAAAAGCGAGCCUUGGUACACCAAAGUGAGACAAUUGCUGGAAAAUAUAUUCUUUUGCUGCCCACCUCGGGACAAACCAGUUGAGCACACCCCCGACGCACCCCUCACUUAUAGACGGAUGUCAAGUGAAGACCUUAGAAUAUCAGCUUACCCCGACAGCCACGACUUUGUGUUUGAUGACGGAGGAGAUUCUAUUGUGGACUACAGGCAUCCCGAGGAUGAGGACGAGGAUCUGGACCACUAUGUGCCUGUACCUGUGGACGAAUGGCUGCCUCCUGAACUCAGGGCAUACGGCGCAAUAUUCAAAAAGCAUGGGUUUGACAACACCCUCUUCAUCACCGGCAUGACUGAGAAGGAAUUAAAGAACAUCGGCAUCAAGGGACAAGGGACUCUUCAGAACCUGCUUCACAUGAUCGAGUUGCUGCCUGACUUUGAGAUUGAGUACAACGUUCCGGGCAGCGUGAAGGAAUGGCUGGAAAGUAUUGGUCUCUUAGAGUACGAGCGGAACUUCAAGAAGAACCAGAUCAAGAGGCCUAUGGACCUGAGUGUGCUGAAGGGCUUUGGGAGGAAGGAGAUUGAGAGGGAGCUGAAAAUCACCAAGGCUGGUCACAUCAAACGGCUCCUGUACGCCAUACGGAAGUUGAGGGAACCAACUGAAGCUGAGAAGGCGGCCAUAGUGAUGAAAGCACGUGUGGACAGGUCUCCCAAGCACCUGCUGAAGAGGUCGAACGUUGGAGAGUAUGACUUCUGGAUACGGCUGAUUGAGGAUUCACUGAAACCAGGCAAUAAGGCGUUUGGUAUUGAAGGAGAGCUGAAAGCGAGACUGAGCGAUCUGAGGAACUCGUGGCUCAUGAUUCUGGCGGUCAGCAACUCGUUGUGGAUAAUACUCAUUACAACCUUAGCUUCUAAAGGAAAUCUCACUAUCCUUGGAGCUAACCCACUUGGGCUGAGUUUCCUGUUCAUAUUCGGCACUCUGCUGGCAAUCCAGUUCCUGGCGAUGAUCAUCCACCGCAUCUCCACACUCGCCCACUUCCUGGCCAGGGCUCCAUUCAAAUACGGCGCCACAGCCAAGACCUCGUGGUCGUUUGGGGCAACCGCCACCGGCACGACCCUGACACCUCUCGACGACUGGGAGGCCAUACAGACUCUGCAACGUGACGAACACAGAAUCAGGGAGGCCAAGAGGAGACAGAAGAUGAAAAAGGCCCGCACCAUGGCUAGCAUCUCUGAAAACACUUCUCUGCUUCACGAUGGUCAGCAGAACAAGGUAGCCACAACUUUUGAAUAUGGCUGUGUGGUUGUGUCAACUCCCAUAGUUGCGAAAAUGGAUAGAAGAGGCAGGGGCAGCGGAUUAAGGAGUUGCGGACCCUCCCAUGAUUUGAGUUCCUGGUCCACUUCAAGUUCCGACCCGUCAUUAAACAGCUGAAUGGAUGUCACCUUCACCAGAACAUUGUGUUUAUAUUUCACGUUGUAUCAUGUUGCUCUCAUGCACACGUUAUAUAUAUACGUCACGGAAUGUCAUCAUGAUACAGCAGAUGUAUUUUAAUGACUAAUUUGCUAGUCUCUCGCUUACCUUAAUGUUGAAUGAAUGGACUAUAGCCAAGAUAAAAUUCAAAUGUCUCACAUUUAUAGUCAUUUGUAUGAUGGUGCUUUUUUAUCAAAUUUUGUACAUUUUUUAAAAAUAAAUUAUUUAACCUCUUUAUAAUUGA